AUGAAAAAGUUAAGAUAUUAGUGUAAAAGCAUUCACUAUUUGCUGAAUUUUAAUUAAAACUUCCCUAGUUAACAUAUUUAGGGAUUAAGCUAUUUUUUAUAUUUGGCAUAGCUUUUCAAUUUAAGUGGACAAUUUAAACCACGGCCAGAUAUUAUGUAAAAAAUAAAUUAAUAAUAGUGCAAUCUACACUCUUCUAAGAGGAACAUUCAUUUUUAACAUAAUAGAUGACUAAUACUCAACUUUAAUUCAGAUUCUCUUUUUAAUUUUCAAUGUUACUCUCAUCAUUUGUUUAUUGGCAAACAUUGUAUUCAAUUAUAUAAAAAGCUCAGAGAAAUGGACAAAGCUAAUUUUAAUUAUUAAUUGGUUAUUAAACAUGUAUCACAAUGUUUUUUUUAUUCCAAUUGUAUGGUUAAAUAUAAAAUUAUGCUUUACUUAGUCAAUACUUCAUUUUACAAUAGCUUUAAUAAACUUAUUGAUAUCUGUAUUUCUGACAUUUCUAGUUGUAUUUUUUAAGAGAGGUGAUUCUUUAAAUUAAUUUGAAAAUGUUAACAAUAAUAUUGUUUUGCUUAGACUUUUAGUAAAACUUUUAGAAUUAUUUACUAUUUAUUAAUCAUUUUUAAAUGAUACUAUCUCCUUUACAUUUUAACUUAUAGUUUUGUUAUUGAAUAUAUUACUUAAUGCAUUAAAAAUCACUGACUCAUCUAAUUAAAAAGUAAUUUUAAAUCUAUAAUUUUUUGUCUUAAACUUUAUUUUACAAACAAAUCUGACUCUUAUGGAUUACUUGAUAAUUUCUACAGUUGUUCAGCUAUUUUACAAAUCAAUAUUGAAUAAUAAAAUUCAGUAAAUACUUCUGUAAGGUGACACUAUAAUAAUUUGUCAAUUAGCUGAAAAAAUCUAUAAAAAUUGUUUAAUUGAUAAAAAAGCUAGAAUAUAAUUGUAAAUAUUUAAAAUUAAUCAUAAAUGUUAAAAAUGCAAAGCUUUUUAUGAUAUAAUUGAAUGUAUAUUAAAGAGAAAGGCAAAAAAUGAAAGAGAUAAAUUAUUAUAUGCAAAUUUUGUAUAAAAUAAAUGGCCAUUAAGGGCAUUAGUGGAACUUCAUAAAGAAUAAAAUGAAAAUUUUUACUACUAAUCAGCCUUAUAGACUUUUUAAAAAUUAAAUGUAUCAAAAAUUGAAAUUGCUAAUUAUAUUUUUACUUCAUAUAAAUCUUAAAUAGUAUGCAAAUCAGUCAUAGAUCACUUUUUAAAAUUGAUAGAAAAUUUAAUAAAAUUUUGGAAUUAAACAGCUAUCAAUUAAUUUGAUUUAGUUCAAUUUUAUUAAUAAUCACGUAACAUUGGAUUAUAAAUUAAAUAAUUGAAUUAAUUAGUUGAGAGUAUAUAUAAUAUAAAAAACCAUAAAUUAUGGGGAAGUUAAUCAUUAGAUGUAAUAAGUUUAAGACUAUAAUAAGUAUAUUAUUGUAUUGCAAAAGUUGACCUAAUAAAAGUAUUAAAUAUAAAUUUUAUUUAGGCAUAAUUAAUGGAAGAAAAAAUUAAUGAAGUAUUCAGAUUUGAAAAAUAUCAAUAGUUUAUGACUAUAGAUAGCAAUUAAUUAGCAAUGAGUAUAUAUGUUAUUUACAUAAGAUAGGUCUAUGUUAUUAAAAACUUCUUUAAUUUAUAAUAUAAAUAAAUUGAUCAAACCAAAUUAUGAAUAGAUGAGUUAAUUUCUAGAAAUUUCUAUUGAAGAAAUAACAAUGAUUAAAUCAAGUUAAGAUUUAAUGCCUUAAUAUUUGGCUAAUAUACAUGAUUAAUUAACUGAAAUAUUCAUUUAAAAAGGCAAAUCUAAUUUAACUUAAUAAGGAUAAUCUACAUUUUUUUAGAAUCCUUAAGGAUACAUAGUACCUUGUUAUAUUCAUAUUUUACCAAUUCAAGGAGAUAAUGAUUAUUUCAUUAAUGUAUUAUUAACAAAAGAGUAAAAUUACAAUGAAUAAAUCAUAUUUGGUAUGAAUGGAAAAUUGUUAGGAAUGACUUAAGGUUUUUUUGAAUUUACACUUUAAAAUUAAUUUUUUGAUAAUUAUUCAAAGAGAUUUUCAAUAAAUGAUAUUAUUGAAAAAGGAGCUCUAAUCUAAUAUUACAUAGAAAACAUUAUUGAAUAAGUAACUAAAUUAAAAUAAAACAUUGAAAAACAUUAAAAUUAUACUCUGACAGAAUUAAUUUCAUAUUGGUAAUAUCCUGAAAAUCACUUUAAUUGUGUAUUUAGUACUAAUUAUAUUAUUAAACAGCAUUAUUCAUCUAAUAAUGUACUAUCUUUUUCAAAUUUUAUCUCUUAAAAGACUUAUUUAUAAACUUCAAAACCAAGUACAGUUUAGAUAUCUGAGUUUGAUGAUUCACAAAAUAGUAGAGAACUAAAUUUUGAUGGAUGUGAAUGGUAUAUAUUAAAUAAUAAUUACAAUAAUUCAAUCAAAUAAAUGUUAGAUUAAUUAGGUGAUAGCCAAAAGACUAAUCGAGCAAAGAUUUAUUUAAUAUAUUCAUUAACAUUUCGAAAAAUUUAAAUUGGUAAAAAAACUUUAGGAUAUUUUUAAUUGGAAAUUAAAGAUUGUAAAUAAGAUUAUUCACAAAAACAAAAUUCGAAUUAUUUUACUACUUUUUAAACCAGAGUAUCAGGAUCUAGCAAAAAAGAUAAAUUUUCUUAUGGUUUUCCUGAAGAAGAUAUUGAAAUAAUUAAUUCAGAAAGACCUUAAUCAUUUGAGGAAGUUUAAAACUAAAUUAAAAAUAUAAAAAUAAAGAAUCAUUUUUUAUACUUAAAUAAAAUAGAGCAUGAUCGCUAAAUAGUAUAUAAUAAUUACUUAUCUUCUAUAAGUGUAACAAAAUAAAAAAUAUAAUCUUAUGAUUUUGAAAAUACUUCUAGAUUAUUGAAACUUUAAACUGAUAGAUAACCAAAAAAAUAACUAUUAACAACUAGAAUAGAAUUAUAGAGUAUAAAUAUUUAAUAAGAUGAUGAUGACAUGAUUGAAGCAGUUGAACAAGAUUUUUAAGAGAUUAUUCUCUAAAGAAAGAUAAUUAAUUAGCAAGAAAUAGAUGAUGAUAAUAAUGAUACAGAAAAAGAGAAACCAAACAAAGAAUCAAAUUAAAAAUAAAAAACAAAAGCAUAACUAGAAAUGGCAAGUAAAAAUACAUUCAAAAAAAAAAUAAAUACUUUAAAAGAUAUAUUCCUGUAUUUAGAUCAUAUUUCUAAAUAAAAAUAUAUCAUAUCAUGCCUUUAGAAAUUUACAUAUUUUUCUGUAUGUGUAAUCCUUUUGUUAAUUAUCAAUAUAGUUUUAGAAAGUUUUGAAGUUUAAAAACAUAUUUAAAAUAAUGAUGACUUUCUCAUAGAUACUAUAACUAAAGUAGAAUUUCAUAAAAAACUCACAAUCUAAUUAAAUUUGUAUGCUCUUUUUAAAUUAUCAUAAUUUUCAAUCAUUAAUAAAAAUUAGUAUAUAAUUUAAAUGGCUUAAUAACAAGCCUAGUCAAUUUAUCACUGGAAUAAACCUGAACAUGAAUAUUUAAUAUUAAAUAGUUAUAUUAGUGAUGGAUAGAUAGAUUUAGAGUAAUUCCAUAUGAUUUUAGAAUAAUUUAAUACUGAAUUGAGACAAAUUUAUCAAAAUUCUUAUUUUCAGACUUUUAAUUUCACAAAUUAUACUCAUUAUAUAUUUAAAUAUUUAUAUAGAGAAAUUAUAUAAGAUCUGGAUAAUUAUAAGGAUGAGUAACCAGAUUUAAUUGAAACUAUGUUGAUUACUAUCUUAUGCUUUUUUUUGGUUAUAUAUUAAAUAAGAUUUCUUUAUGCAAAGCAAUAGGUAAUUACUUCAAUUUUGAAAUUGAUAUAAUAAACAAAUAUAACAAAAAUAUAUAAUCACAUAGCUAGAUUAUCUACUAUAAAAGAAACUUUUGAGGCUAAAUUAGAUCAUAAUUAGAAUUAUAACAGUAAUUCUAAGAAUUGGAAGUUAACCUCUUAUCUAUCAAUAAUUUAAGAAGGCUCUCAUAUUGAGAGAUAAUAAAAAAAAAAAAUUCAUGAGUUAGAUGGAAAUUUAAAUCAUCAUUACAUAUUUCCAAACUUUAUUGUUGUUACUAUUUUAUGCUUAUUUAUAUUUACAGGAUCCAUAUUGUAAUAAAAAUAUUAUUAAGACAAAUAUUUAGAGAUUGAAAAACAAUUUUUAAAAUUAAAUAUUGUCCUUGAUUCUGGAUUACUUUAUGGAACACUUAUUAAAACUAAUAAGAUUUUUGAACUUUCAAAUGAAUUGACUGUGAGAUUAAUCAGUCAAUUUGAUGAUUGCAUGAAAUUAUUAUUAGAAAUUUCUAAUGAUAUGAUUAUUAAUCUUGAAUUCUUAUAAGAAGAUUAAAAAUUUAAUUUUUUGAUUUCAGAUUAUUGCUUAAAUUAUAGAGAGGAUAUAAAAUAUUGUAUAGAUGAUUAAUAUCCAUAUAAAGAUAUGCAUUAAUUAAUUGAAAGAGGAAUGAUGAGUUUAAUUAACAAUAUUUAAAAAUUAACAAUAACAGAAUUUUAAUAUGAAAUAACUUAAAAAUAGUUUUAGAAUAACCCAGAUGAUAAUUUGAGUUUUCUUUAAAGUUAAGCAUUUAUAAAUACAUUUUUAGUGUAUUUUUCUGAAACAACAUAAAUUUUAAAUUAGUAAAUAAUUCAAAUAUAUAAAAUUGAAAUUGAAAAAUUUAAUGGAUAUGUUUUUUUGAUUUAGUUUUAUGAAAUAAUUGUAGGGAUAAGGUAAUAAUUUGAAUGAUUUUUAGUGUAGUAGUAAUUUAUUUGAUAUAUGGAUAUUUGACUUAAUUAUAUCAUAGAAUAGAUUUUUAAUAUAUAAUUUUAUUUUUAAGAACAAUACCAAAUGAAUAGAUGCAUUAAAAAAAUUUUUUGCAUUAAAUAAAAAGCAUUAUUCGAGAAAAAUGA